AUGUUACGAUUAGUUGCUUGCAUGUCAAUGUUUUAUUCCAUAGCCAUUAGCCAAACUCUACCAUACAAUAGAGUAACUCAAGCACAAUAUGCUGCAGCAGCGGUAGUUCCAGCUACGUCUAUAUAUUCUAACGCUCCAGGUCGCAAUCCUCUGUUGGGUGGUUAUAAUUAUCCAUAUUACAACCCUACUGCGAAUCCGGUUCCUAUUGUGUCCUAUUCCAAUAAUCGAGGUAAAGAUGGAAGUUAUUCUUACAGCUACGCGUCAGCUGAUGGAAAGCAGGCACAAGAAAGUGGAUUUUUGAAAGAUGCUUACGUAGAUACCGCCGGAAAUCCACAGGGUACUCAGGUUGUAAAAGGAAGUUACGCUUACAUCUCACCAGAGGGUACACCGAUCCAAGUCAGCUACGUUGCCGAUGAGUAUGGGUUUAGAUCCUCUGGCGUGCACAUACCAGCUGAUGGAAAGGACGUAUUGCCUACGGUAGCAUUAGCGGUUGUUGUCGGCGUGACGUCAGCAGAUGUAGGCUUUCAGCCCUUCCAACCGCAGUCCGUAUAUCAGCAGCAGCAGCUUUACACCACAGAACCAAUUCCCAUUAUAAGACAAGAGCACAUCCAAAACCCGGAUGGAUCUUACAAAUGGAGUUAUGAAACUGGCAAUGGUAUUACUGCGGAAGAGCUUGGCUAUGUGAAAAACCUCGGAGUGCCUGAACAAGAGGUACAAACUGCUCAAGGACAGUACCAGUAUACCGCACCAGAUGGACAGAUCAUUCAGCUGAAAUAUGUUGCUGAUGAAAAUGGUUUCCAACCCCAAGGAGCUCAUAUUCCCACUCCACCGCCAAUCCCACAGGAUAUUCAGAAAGCUCUAGACUAUUUAGCUACAUUACCAUCUCAGAAUCCCGAGAACGGGGUCCUUGGUCGCCAGUAA